GUCACUCAAUAUUGUCAAACAGUUACGAAGCUUCAAGCGUUAUAGUAGGCAACAUGUCCUACAGGUCCGUGCUGUUUUUGUAGGUUAUAUUGAUGUCAGUUCAAGACCAGCAGAUUUAGUCAAAACUGUAGCGGCAUUAUAGUAACCUGUGUUGUUAUUCUACGGGGAGAAAGACGAAACCUUCAGUAGCUCUUAAGUGGCUGCAGGGAUUUAUGCUGUGUUAGAAACAAUUAACGUUAGCUGAGGCCUAGCAGUUAGCUAACGUGACAUUUCACCGAGGUUUGCUGGAAAACUUCUCAGAUGACACAACUUCUCCACUGGUAAGUGACCACUGGAAAAACAAACUCCAUCAUCCAAAUGACAGCUCAGGAAGGAGAGGGAUGGGGAGGCAUUAAUCUGUCACCUCACCUGCACACAGACGAGUGUAAUGAACUUAUAACUCGUCUGAGGCAGUGCCACACGGAGCACAAUGUCCUGAAGUUCUUUGGCACGUGUAAUGAUGUGGACCGCGCCAUGCGUCAUUGCCUGAAGAAAGAGAGAUUGGAAAAGCGGGAGCGCAGUAAGCAGCAUGCACAAGAGAUGAAAAAGCGGCUGAGAGAAGGGCCCAAGGAGCAGUUCUGAAGGACAAUUUACUGCAACUUAAAAGUAUUCAGAUAUUGGGACAUUGGCCUCCCUUACUGUUUUUAUGUCAAGACAGACUUAGAACUUCUGUCUCUUCUCAAACUAAUUCAAAUUCAGAGGAGUGUGCGUUGUAUUAGACGCUGUUAUCACUAUAUAUUAUUGUUAUUACUAUUAUUUUGAUAUUAGUUGAGAGAAACACGAGUAAGAAGUAAGGUUAUUUAAAUGUUGGGAUCAUAAAGCAGCAAUGCCAUGGUGAAGAUGCACACCUUACUCUAACUCUCCUAACACACUUUUGACUUUUUAUCAUCUGCAUUGACUAAAUUUUGCAGUGGUACCAGAACAUUUUAGGUCAACAUAAAAACAACAGCAUCUAGUACUUUGGAUUAAAGAUUGCUGUUGGGGAUCAUCAUUUAUUUCCUCUCUGUUAGCAGUACACUCCAGCUCCAUCAAAGAGAUUAGUGUAGCUGGUGGCAGAACCCUUUCAUCAAAACCAUUAUUUUAGUCUGCAGGACUCCUCACGAAUAUUCUGGUACCUGAUUUAUUCAUGAAAACAGGGAGAGUCCAUUUCAGGCCAUCAGAGAUGCAUGUAAAACAGGAUGGCCAGUAGCUGGGUUACUCUUAGUGUGAACAUACAUAUUGAACAUAGGCAUUGUUUAAAAGUUUAUUUGAAUGGGGAAUCAUAUUGAUUCGUUACAAGUUUAAUUUCUUUCAAAUAAAGUGAAAUUAUCAGUUUA